UGUCUUAUACUGAUGGAAGUUAAUGCAGCCGCAGGUCAUCUCGUCCCCCCUCCUCCCCGCCGCCGCACAGGGUUAAGGAGGGCUGGGAGGAGGAGCUGGGGAAGGGGAAAAGGAGCUGGGCUGCAGACAGAGCCCUCAUUGCAAAGCCGGCCCGUCCCUCAGCCUGCGGAGCGGGGCCCGGCGAGUCCCAAGCGCUUCUCCGCGCUGGCCAAACUUUGCCGGGGCGCCCGCGGGCCCGUCCUCGUGCUCGGCGCCAGCAGGAGCGGGGCGCCCCCAGGUGCAGCGCCCCCCGAUCUCCCCCCUUCCGGCUGCGCCUUGCUCCGAUCCCGCCGCGACCCCUAGCGCCGCAGGGGGCGGGCCCCGCUGCCCGGGGCAGGUGGCAGCCGGAGCCGCUGUGGCGAGGGGCAGGGGGAGAAGAGGCGGCUCCGCCAGGUCCGGGGAGCGCGUGUGUGUGAGGUCCCGAGCCCAGAGCCCGGCGGGACCAUGCUGGGCUGCGGCUCCGCCGCGCUCCUCCUGGCCCUGGCCCUGGCCGGGCUCUUCCUGAGCAGGGUGCCCGGGGCCCAGGGCGCCGCCUGCGAGCCGGUCCGCAUCCCGCUGUGCAAGUCCCUGCCCUGGAACAUGACCAAGAUGCCCAACCACCUGCACCACAGCACCCAGGCCAACGCCAUCCUGGCCAUCGAGCAGUUCGAGGGGCUGCUGGGCACCCACUGCAGCCCCGACCUGCUCUUCUUCCUCUGCGCUAUGUACGCGCCCAUCUGCACCAUCGACUUCCAGCACGAGCCCAUCAAGCCCUGCAAGUCGGUGUGCGAGCGGGCCCGGGCCGGCUGCGAGCCCGUCCUCAUCAAGUACCGCCACACCUGGCCCGAGAGCCUGGCCUGCGAGGAGCUGCCCCUCUACGACCGCGGCGUCUGCAUCUCCCCAGAGGCCAUCGUGACCGCCGAGGGAGCCGAUUUCCCUAUGGAUUCUAAUAAUGGCAACUGUAGAGGCUCCGGCAAUGAGCGUUGCAAAUGCAAGCCUAUUAAAGCUACCCAGAAGACCUAUCUUCGGAACAAUUAUAACUAUGUCAUUCGGGCUAAAGUGAAGGAGGUGAAGACUAAAUGUCAUGAUGUCACCGCAGUAGUUGAAGUAAAGGAGAUACUAAAGUCUUCCUUGGUGAAUAUUCCUAAGGACACUGUUAACCUUUACACAAACUCUGGCUGUCUAUGCCCACCGCUCAAUGCCAAUGAAGAAUACAUUAUAAUGGGCUAUGAAGAUGAGGAACGCUCCAGGUUACUCUUGGUAGAAGGCUCCAUAGCUGAGAAAUGGAAGGAUCGUCUUGGUAAAAAAGUAAAGUUUUGUUUGCUUACAUUGUACAGCGCUGGGAUCAGAAACUCCGUCACCCUGGAAAGGGCAGAAAUGAGCCUGGACAAAGUGAUUCUGCUCAAAAGCCUGGCAAGAACAGUAACCCCCGACAAACACGCAACUAAAUGUGAAAAGCUAUGUACAAAUCAAUGGACUCUAUAUUAAGACUUGCAUUGUUGAAGCAGCAAGGGAGAAAUUGCACUAUUGCACGUUAUAUUAUAUUGUUUACUAAAAAAAUCAUGUUGUAGCUAAUUAGUUAUUUUCCCUCAUUUUCUGCCUUUUAAGGGGGGUGUAAACCCUAAAAAAUUAUAUUUUAUCUCAGUAAUAACUGCAGAAAACUGCCCUUAUGAGAUAAAAAUAGGAGGACAUUUACUGAAGUUAAGAGAUAUUGGUGGUUUUAUCAGUGGGGCCAUGUUGCUUAGAGAAAGACUUCAACAUAGGAAUGGGAUCUGGCCAGACCAGGACCUUUUAAAAAAAAAAAAAAAAAAAAAGUAGGGGUGGGACUUUAACCCAGCUUCUCUGCUCCUGUCCCUUUUUCUCACAUGCUUGAUCAUGGCUGCAGUAACUGGGUUUUUUUAAUGUAGAAGUUUUAGUCUGAAAUAUAAUGGCCAUAUCUAUACAUAAGUUAAGAAUUAUAUGGCACUUCUGGAAAGACACUGACUGAAGAGCAAAAUAAAUUGUUCGCAGUGUUAGCAUCAGCAACGUGAUAAGGGAAAAUUUUGACUGAUUGAAAACCAGUUUAAAUAUUUAGCUCUGCAAUUAUCUAACAAAAAAUACCUAAUCAGCAUGAAGGAAGAAACUCAUGUUAAAAGUUGUGUUCUAAUCAGCACAACCCUUCAAUUUGCUUACUCUUAAGUAAGCCACUGUAUAAGUUUAAGUCUAACUUACAUCUAUCACAACAAAAACACAUGGGAUUUAAAUGCUUUAAUCCUUGUGGGAAACAUUGUAUAGUUCUGUUAACUCACAACAUAAUUUACGGUAUACUUGCUCUCGUAAUGGCAGUUCCUUCCCACCCUCCCCCACAUCACGUAGGAGUAGACUGACUUACCAGGCCUGCUUCUCAGUAUAGGUCUGCACUUUAUCAUUUUGAUUUUGUGGUGUUAUUCUUAUUUCUGUGCCUACAUAAACAGCAGUGUUUAAUGCUCAGUAAAAUAUGUUUAAUAAAAGAAUGAUAGUUGUCAGAGACCUUAUCCUGACUUUUGCACCAAAUGAACGUUUAAAAUCCAUGAUUUGUUAUUGUCCACAGUGUAUGCCAGCGCAAAAAACAAACACCCACCCUUCAUUUUCUUCCUUCAAUAGAAUUUUUCAGUCAGUGCCAACAAUUUGAAAUUAUCAUUUUUUUUAAAAGUAUAAUGAUGUAAGUAGAAUACCAAGCUUCUGAGCUCUGGUGUACAGAAAAUAAAACACUUAUGAUGCAAACUGUUACUGCAUUUUUAGUUGGAAGUACUGAAUUUCUUUUCCCAGGACACCCAUAUACAGUAUCUCGUGGUUGCUGUUCAUCCACAGGAAACAACACCAGAGUUUACAUAGUUAAACAUUACUGAAUUUAAAUGCAAAUAAAGCAGUGAAGAUAGAAAAUA